CCUCCAUGGGAGACCCAGGUCGGCCUUACUUUCAGGAGCCUGAGGCUUUUCCGCACAUCAUUCGAGUGUCUGAUGUGAAGGCGUCUUAUGAAAGCCACGCGGUUAUGUCUCGACAAAAAAGGAACAUCUUUUUUCAGAGUGGACUCAGGCUGUGUGGGAAAGAGACCACUGAGCAAGUUGUUUCGCACCAUCUCAGUUACUUUCAUCUCAGAGUGUGCCAGGAGACCAUAUGGGAGGCUUUCAAAAUCUUCUGGGACCGAGUACCAGAGCAAGAGGAAUACCAAAGAUGGAUGAACCAGUGCCAGGAGGAUGCAGUCACUGCACGAGAUAUCGGCAGCUACUUUAGUCAAUCAGAGGAGCAUCAGGCUCUGGUAAAAUGGAGAAUCUCACAUUCAGGUUCUCAAAGCUCACCAACGUCAGCAAGUCCAGCAGCUGUUGAUGCUCCUGAGCUGGAGGAUACAGAAAAGGAGGAUGCAGCUCCCGUCUCACCAGAGCUAUCCAAUGAAAUCACCAUGCAGCCUAGCAGCACCACCGUGUUGGAGCAGGUGGUGGAGCUGAGCAUCCUCCUGACGGGAGAGAUUUUCAGUGAUGACCUCAAUGAUCCAGCCAGCCUCAAGUUCCAGACGCUCAGCAGACAUCUUGCUGAAAAGGUUCCUCUUUAG